UUUACAUUACAAAAAAAUAUUAUCUAUAAAGUGGUCAAAAUUUUAUCAAAUCAUGGAUUAAUUAGUGGCUUUGGUUGUUGAAAGAAUAAAUAUUCAUUAUAAUAAUUAUUUAUAUUAAAAAGAAUGAUAAUAAAAAGAGCAAACAAAUUAGAGAAUCAAAUUAAAAAAAAUUAAACUGAUGGAAAAGAUUAAAGUUAGUUUACUUUAGAAUGUUCGUGAAAUCUCGAUGAAAUUUCACUAAAGUAACUUUAUUGAUUUCAAGAAGAACAAUAAUAUGCUUUCAAUAACGUUUGCUUUUUUGUUUCUUGGUUUGCUAAAUCUACCGAAGUUUGUACAAGUCCUGGUAGAUAAGGUCCGCUGAUUAAUGUUAGCGUCUAUCAGGAAGAUUAAUUCGAAAACGAGCUGUUGCUUAUUAUCUCUUUGGUCGUCAGUUAGAUCGACGUACUAAGCCUUAUCAUUUCUUAUUAUUGUGACAACGUUAAGACUCAUUAUUAACUGUUAACUAUACUGAAAGAAAAAAAAAUCUGCCAGUUUUUUUCUCGACUAUUCAUUUACAAAAGCACAAUCAUGGUUAUUUAUUGCUCAAUUUUAUUUAAACAUAAGAUUUCUAAUUUUCUCGAAUGUGUAUUUUUUCUUAUUCCUUAUGAAGAAUAGGCAUGGAUUUCCGAGCUUUACCUUACGAUUAAUCGUCUAGACAUGGGUCGCGUCGCGAACAAGAUACGAGAGUUAUAUAAAAUUUAAGUUACAAAGUUACCGUCUGGAUUAUAUAGAAAGCCAUGAUUAAUACGAAUAAAUCGGUCUUGAGGUGCUUAAGUUACUUACAACGUCAUUUCAAGAAUACAAUAACGAAAAACUACUUUAAAAUCUCUGCAAAUCAAGCCAAGUUCUCAACAGUUUUUAUUUUAUUCACAUCAUAGAUAAACUCACCAGAAUAAUUUGAAUAUCUAAUUUUAUCUGUGAAAUAUUUCUAACUGAUGGUUGACUUUACUGAACGAGUUAUCUCUGAAAAAAAACCUUCAAGAUAAUUUUAUGUAAAUUGAUCUGGCGUAGUAGCAGAAAAUAAAUUAUGGACAAUAUGGUUAUCAAUAUUAACUUAUUGUCAACAUUUAAUUUUUCGCUUGAAAAAAUUGCUUUGCUUUUUGAGAUCACCAUUCCUCAGCAUGACCAACAUUUCGUGGUACUCCGAGGAUGAAAGUAUUGAGCCACCAUGGCCAUCAAUGACCAACAUGACUUACGAAUUCACUGAGAACGAUACAUUAUAUGAAGACUUUGACAGCCUGUACGAUGUUCCUGUUGGCAUUAUAUUCCUCCUUAGUAUCUGCUAUGGAAGCAUAUCUGUACUUGCUGUUGUGGGCAAUUCCCUUGUGAUGUGGAUCAUUGCUACUUCUAGGAGAAUGCAAAGUGUUACCAAUUCGUUCAUUGCUAACCUUGCUCUUGCUGACAUUGUCAUUGGUCUAUUUGUGAUACCAUUCCAAUUUCAAGCAGCAUUACUUCAACGCUGGAAUUUACCGCAUUUUAUGUGUGCUUUUUGUCCAUUUGUGCAAGUACUUUGUGUAAAUGUUUCUGUAUUUACUCUGACGGCAAUUGCAGUAGAUCGACAUCGUGCAAUACUUAACCCUUUGAGUGCACGACCAAGCAAACUACGUGCAAAGACGAUCAUCGCUGGGAUUUGGCUAUUAAGUGCGAUUCUUGCGGCACCGAUGGCAGCUGCUUUACGAGUUAUCGACGUUCCUGAAAAUAUCGGUGGUAGAAUUCAUUUGAAACCUUUCUGCCAAAACGAAAACUUAUCUGAAAAAUCAAUGCUCAUUUACAGAGCAUUACUUGGUUUUUUACAGUAUUUAACUCCUCUUUCAAUAAUAUCCUGCGUGUAUACACGCAUGGCAUUCAGACUUUGGGGUAAUAAAACUCCAGGAAAUGCUCAAGACUCACGUGAUGCUAAUCUCAUGAAAAAUAAAAAAAAGGUAAUUAAAAUGUUGGUAAUAGUAGUUGCACUAUUUGCAAUCUGCUGGCUUCCACUUCAGACGUAUAAUGUUUUUCAAUACACUUAUCCAGAAAUAAAUGAAUACCGUUAUAUCAACAUCAUUUGGUUUUGCUUUGAUUGGCUAGCAAUGUCGAACAGUUGCUACAAUCCUUUCAUUUAUGGAAUUUACAAUGAAAAGUUCAAGAGAGAAUUUCAACAAAGGUUUCCAUUUAAAACUAAAAAUUGGACACCAAAUAAUCCUAUUGAUACUGACAAAACCCAAAGUACGAGGACGUCAUUCAAAUAUAUUCUUCGGUACGACUGGCGGAAAACAACAUCUAGGAGUUAUACACAAGGUGCACCUUUGUGUAGAAGCGUUUCUCUACGAGAUUCCUCACGUAUACACACACAGGAAAGGAAUAGUAAUAUUAAUAUCAACAAUGCUCAAAGUAAUCAACGAAAUAUCCAUCAGACUUCCACAGAUAAUGAAACAUAUGCUUCUGAACUUUACGUUUAUUCUUCUAAUAAACACCAGCAUGUGCAAAAUCGAAAUGGUCACGAAGAAUUGUGAAUGCUCUGAUAAAACUCUAUAUUUGAUGAACUUAAUUCAAUCAUUACGUGUAUGAUAAUAAAAAAAUGAUAAAAUGUA